AUGAAGCUUGCCCUACUCGCACCGAUCGCCACCAGCGGGAUUGCCUGGGCUACACCAUCCCCCCAGGUUCCCCCGAAGGCGCCCAUCAGAUGCGCCCGGCCGGAUACAUCAAAGUAUUAUAUCAACGGUGAAUUGACACCCAUUCCACAAGGUCAGAUAUGUCAAGGUGAAGGCGAAGCAAGCGUGCUUGUUGCUGGUAAUACUCCCCCGCCGCUGGUCGAUACUCCUGCCGGUGCGGGAGGUGGAGGCGGGGGAGGUGCUCCAGCCGCACAGCAUGUCUCACGCAUCAAAGCCAAGAUCCCCAUGCCUGCCGGAGGUGCACCAGCUGGCAUCGUCACAUCUUGCCCUUCCGAGAAGGCGACAGUCACAGCCAAGUACACGCCUCCGACCCCCACAACGGCCAACGCAGACAACAAGCGACUGAUCACGUACUGGAGUGCAUGGCAUGGUACAGGCAUGUCCGCAGCUGCACUGCCAACCAAAGACCAGCUGAUUGGAGUGACCCAUUUUAUCCUUGCUUUCUGGAACCCCAAGACCCUCGAUACCUUUGUCACUUCAGUCAAUAGCCUGUGGAACGAACAGACCGCUGUGGAGUUGAAGAAGGUCAACCCAAACAUGAAGGUCAUGGUCGCAGUCGGCGGUUGGGGACUAGACGAGUUCUUCCGGUUCAAUGCUACCGAUGAGAACCGGGACAACCUUGCCGACGUCUUUGUGGAGUUUGUCAAACUAUUCAAUCUGGACGGAAUCGACGUUGACUGGGAGUAUCCGGUCGGCAAUGGCGCGACCUACCUCACAACUAGGCCAAACUCCCCCUGCGACAAACGCAACAACGUCCUUCUCAUGCAGUCCAUCCGACAGAAGCUGGACGCAGCCAAGCCUGGCUACGUCCUGAGCCUUGCAGUACCCGCACUGGAGGGCGACAUCAAUCUCGCAUAUGAUGAGGAUGCCAUGAAGGAGAUCGACAAAGUUGUCGAUUUCUGGAACAUCAUGAGCUACGAUGCGAUGAACAGACGCAGCGAGACAACGUCACAUCACGCUGGUGGUGGUGUGAUCGACAAUACGAUCAAGAUCUACUCGCGGGGUGUCAAUCCGAAGAAGAUGAACUUCGGAUACCCCAUGUACGGCAAGUACUUUGACAUGGCAGCGGUCCCCAAAGAUGCUUGCUCGGCCGCGAAGCCGAUCGGAUGCAAGAUUCCCAAGGGCGCCUUCGAGUCGACAACCGGCGUAGAUACAGGUAUGUCUGGGGUGCUCUUCUUCAACAACGAUUUGCACGUCAAGGACGUCAUGGGAGAGAUAAUCUUCCCCAUAUUUGGGAGUACGAAGAUCGGUGGGGCCGCAGGCUGGACUGCGACCCAGGCGAAGGGUGUGCGAGAUGCCUCCGCACUCGCUACCUCCUACUACGACGAGACUCAGAAGGUGUUCUACACGUGGCCGAGUCCUACGGACGUCUAUGACAGUUGCAAGCUCCAUCUACCCAAAGUGGGAGGCGUCAUGGUCUGGUCUAUUGAUCAAGAUGACGGAGGCGCAGCCGGUGGUACCCACUUCACCGCGUUGCAGAAGUGUCUCGCAGGAAAGUGA